CAUCGGUGGACCGGGUGCCGGGUGUCCGGGCGCCCGCCCCCGUACGGCAAAGCUUUAAAUGGUCGGCCUGUAGCAGAACAUCGUCAUUCGUCCUGGGCUUUUAGGGUUGACAUUUUUCUUGGAUCCAUCGGCUAAACUCACAGAACAAUUCAAAAGACGAAAAUGUUUGGACUUAAAUUAGCAGCGACCUGUCUGCUCCUUGCUCUGGCCAAUGGCCAGUUUACUCCCGGGAGUGCCCCAUCCUGCUCUGACGUGAGAACCCAGGCCGGCUACAACCUCCUGCCACAUCACGUUUACUGCCAGCUGUUCAUCAACUGUGAUGCCGCAGGCAACCAGUUCGUCCAGGCAUGCGGCCCUGGCACCAUAUAUGACGUCAACAUGGGAUUCUGUACUCACAUCGUCUCGGCUACCUGCAAUGCUUGGACAUGCAAUGCCAACACUGUGGGCCGCAAGUACCCGGCACUGUGCAGAGAUCAGUACUUCACAUGCCAGGGGAAUGGCUACAGAUUGGAAGUCUGCCCAUCUGGACAAGUGUUUGAUAUGACCAGCGGCAACUGUAUCAACCCAGCCAACCCCGCCAGCUACGUGGACCACCCAUUCUGUGCUAGAGCCGGCACAGGCAAUGCCAACACCUGGACCUGCUACGACAAAGCACAAUCUAACCCCUGCCUGUACACCACUGAGACCCCCUCUAUGAGGAUUGAGAACCGUCAGUGUGGUGCCGGCACCUCCUUCAACCAGACCACGUGCCAGUGCAGCGACUUCAACAGCAAUUGUGGUGUGUCUACAGUCAACUACGCCGCCCUCAAGGCCCGAGAUGACCAGUGCCGCGCCUCUUUGAACGUGGACUUCAACGCCCUCCCCUUGGUGGCCACCACAGAAAAACUGACGAGCCCCAACACCCCCUUGCCAUACACCUUCCAGACCAUUGGAGUAACCGUAGCUGGAGGCAUCGGCACCUUCAGACGCGACCCUAUCAAUUACAACAAUGUCUACGCCUAUGGAUAUUUCUUUAACGCCAACCAACUGGCCGCACCUUGGGCUAUUUCAGUUGUAUUCAGAGCUGACCAACAGAGCGGAGAAACCUUUACCGUCCUCUCUAAUGUCUACCUGGCCGACGCCUGCACACCUACCCUGGAAGUCAAUGGGGUUUACAAUGGCAACCGUUACACCAUUACCAUCAAUGUUGUUGGUGCCACAGCAACUGGUGCUGGUACUGAGAACAGAAUUCCUGCUACCACAUCAGCUGGCAUCAACGUCAACUCUGGAAACUACCUGGAAGUACUUCUGACCUUCGAUAGUACCCUGUCUGGUCAGCUGAUCGACAGAGGAAGCAGUGGUACCUCCAACAACAACAAGGUCGAGAUCCCCGCCACACCCAACAUUGGAGCCUAUGUGGCUACCAACAGGUGCGGCUUCAGCUUCGGUAAAAACUUGAAUGGAGCCAUCGAUAGGAUCACCGUCCGCGAGGGUUGCACCAACUUCUCCCGAGUCCGAGUCUAAAGCCCCCGACAGCCAGAGAUGGGUGGCUUACAAGUACAGUCAAACUUCAAGAAAAAGUUAAAAGAAGUACGAAUCAAUCAAUAAAAAAAUUCGAACAUU